GAACCGCUGGACACGACGAUGGUCACCACCACCACCUUGCUCAAGGCUCGGACCAGCAAAGCCAGUGGGCCGCCACAGAUGACCUCGACUCUGUGAUAGAGCUCCUCACAAAUCUCUCCCCAAACUGUUCUAAUAACAACUAUAACAACAGCCACACCCCCAAACAAACCGCGACGCCCACGCCAGGCGAGGGAGAAACUCACACUAAGCCAGCACCCUCGUUUCCGGAUGAAGAGGUAGGGUCGCCCUCCAGCACCAUUGACUCGCGAUCUUCUUCGAGAACGAGGUCGAGCGGGAGGUCUUCGGGCUCCGAGAGCGGUCUGCGGGACAGAGGGGUGUGGGUGGUUUGGUGUCCAGAGUGUGGCUACGAGGCACAUGUCCCUCCAGGGGGAGUCGAGUGCUUCCCUCUGAACUAUGUCCUGCAGAAGCAGCUGGUCCUCGAAGCGCUCAACUCCUCCUCCACCACGGUGUAUUGCGACCUCUGCCAUGACGACGUGGUGGCCGAGGAACGCUGCAACACGUGUCCUGUCAACUUGUGCCGUCUGUGUAGCCACGCCCAUACCCGCCAGCGCCGCACCACCCACCACGCCGUCAUUUCUCUUCAGGAGGCACGUAGUAUGGGUAUCCGCGAGGUCGCUCACACGCUUGUGUGUGCCACACACGGCGAAGGCGAGGUAGGAUGGUGGUGCCAGAGCUGCCAUGAGCCAUUGUGCGCCGCCUGCCUCGCCACGCUCCACCGUGGGCACCCCACGCUCACCGUCGACCAGGAGGCACCCCAGGCUCGCAGGAACCUUACCACCCUGCUUGACCAGGCAUCCACGAGGAUGGAUGACCUCCUGAGCACAGUGGAGGAGCUUACGGGGGCGGCAGUCAGAGUGCAGCAGAGGGGCAAAGCCGUCGGCGAUCAGGUCAACGCCUUCAUCGAUGACUACAUCUUGGCUCUGGAGGAGCACCGUCACACGCUCCUAAGACAGGUGCGGCAGGCAUGUGAACGAGCACAACGAGGGAUCGUUACGGAAUCGCAGCGGGCGGGCCAGAUUGCGUCGUGGCUGCGACAGGGAUGUGACCUGACACAUGACCUCCUGAACCAUGCGGGCGACGCGGAGGCACUUGCCCUGGCGCCUCUCGUGACUCAUAGGCUACAGGCGCUGCUGGCCGAGCAGGUUCGCGGCUGGACGAGAUGGGAACGGCUCGCCCUCCUGCGUGAGCACCGCGCCGGCCGAGUCAGAGGUCACAAAAUCCAUGGCGUCAUAGCAGACGCCCCGGCCGACCCGGCCACCUCGAGAUUAAAACUAUUGUGUGACAUGAGCAGUGUGGCUGCAGGGGCACGAGUCAUGGCAUUGGUCGUGGCCCGGGAUGCCGACGGGCAGCCCAUAACCCACGGCGGGGAGGACCUGCACGCCGCCGUCCUCACGCGCGACGGCAACACCCUGUGCGGAUGUUCCGUCCGGGACCGCGAGGACGGGUCCUACGAAAUCACUUUCAGCCCCCCGAUGCCUUCUGCUGCCCUUCUGCACGUCACAAUCCUGGGCUUCCACAUUCAGGGCAGUCCGAUGGAGAUGACGGUGGUUUCCCCCUCCCAGUCUGCGAGCGCGUCCGCGGGUGAUGCGAGCAGGGACGGAGCCUUGGGGCGGAGGCAUACGGGGGUCUUCCACUGCUGCACCUUCUGCUCCAGCGGCGGCGACAAGACGGCCACCUGCGCGUGCGGGGCGACCAUGCCAGGCGGCUAUCAAGGCUGCGGUCACAGCCACGCAGGGCACCCUGGCCGCAAGCACUGGUCCUGUUGCGCCCAGGCCAACCCCUCCUCUCCCUGCACGCGACCCCCAUCCCAGUAUUACCAAGUCACACUCUGAGAUCAACCCUGCCAUUGCUACCAGAACCGUGUCGCUCGUCAUCGUGGUAUUUCCAGGUCUAACCAUAACCAUACACUACCACAACGACCAUCAAAAGUAGUGCUCUCAGGCCACACUCCUUAGUUGAACGUCCUCGAGGUUAGACUUGGCUGGCGCCGCCCGUCGACUGACCCGUUGCGCCCUGCUCUGCUGCCUCCUUUCCGACGCGACGGAACUACCCAUUUCACUUCGGAACACAAAUCUUUACGCUUUUUUGCACGUGAUGAUUUAGAAAUGCGUUCGUGAGAGCUCAUGUAUUUUUUGUUACUUAAAUGUUGUAUAUGAAUAUAUAGUUAUCGUUCUGUUCUAUUGUGUCAUAAGUAAAAAUAUGUCUAUAAUGUCGUGCGUGUAAAUGUGCUGCAUGUUAAAUGAGAUACAUAUUG